AUGUCAGAAAACUUACCAGAUCCUUUAGAGGAAUUAUUCCCGCAAAUUGCUACGAUGAGCGAAAAAGAAAAGAUACUAAAGGUAGCAAGAUAUAUGCCAUGUGAUCAAUGUUCAGAUUGUCAUGGUUGGAGACCUAAUUUCUCUCUUGAUUAUUCACAAGACACGAUUUGUCUUUGUGGUCAUGAGGCUGAUGAUCAUGUAGAUCAUCAAAAGGAUUUUGUUCGACGUUUCAAAGUUGCUCUACGAAUAGAUGAACUUUUAAAAGAAAAAGGAAAAUUAGAUGAUUACGAUUAUACAGAUGAUGACAUUGAAUCUUUAAAAAAACAAAUUGCAUAUGAUGCUACAUCUGCUCAAGCAACUAUGAAUUUCGUGUCUAAAGCCUCAAUAGAUGAAGAUGAAAGAAUUGCUAAAAGACAUAGAGAUAGUAGUGAUGAGGAGGAAGAAGAAGGUGAUGAGGAAGAAGAGAAAACUAAAAGAUUCAAGAUGGAUGAAGAUGAUGAUGAAGAAAAACCAUUUGAAGAAGAAGAGGAGGAGGAAGAGGAAGAGGAAGAAGAGGAGGAAGAUCCUUAUGACGAAAGUGAAGAAGAGGAAGAUGAGUCUGAGGAAGAAGAGGAUGAAGAAGAAGAGGAUGAAGAAGAUGAGAAUACCGAAGAUGAAGAAGAUGAAAAGGAAGAAGGUGAAAAGGAAGAAGGUGAAAAGGAAGAAGGUGGAAGGGAAGAAGGUGGAAAGGAAGAGAGCGAUGUAUUUGAAGAGGCAGAAGAAAAAGAAAUCAACCAUACUGUUUCGGAUUCAGUUAACAAUAAUCAAGCAGAUAAAACGCUUCCGAGUCAAAAUACAAUUCAGCAAGAGAAUAGUACUUUAGAUGUACCAAUGGUAGUUGAUUUAGAUCAUGAAAAUGAGAAAGAAAAUUCUACCAGUGUUAAACAUGAAUUAACAGAGAAUAACGAUCAUACCGAUACUAUGUCAAAUCAUAAUGAGACCGAAAAAUUAAGCGAGCAAGAAGAUCAUGAAAUGGAUACAGAUAACAAAGAAAAACAAGAGAAAUCAUUCACAGAUAAAAACGUACUUUAUGAAAUUAAGAGUGAAACAGAAGAAGGGGAACGACUAUUAAAUGAAGAAGCACUAAAGGUAAAUGGUGUUCUGGACGCAACUGAUGGGAUUUUGGAUCUAAAUGGCAAUGUCAAAAUAUUAGACGAUUUUAAACCGUCAGAAAAGAAAGAAACACCUGCAAUGAUUGAGGAAAGAACAGGACUAAUUGAAGUGCGUGUAGUUGAAAAUGAUGGAACCACUGAAAGUAUGAUUCUCUUAACUGGCCUUAAGAAUAUUUUUCAAAAGCAAUUGCCCAAAAUGCCAAAGGAAUAUAUUGCCCGUUUGGUCUAUGAUCGAAAACAUAAAAGUAUGGCCUUAAUUCGAAAGCCAAUGAAGGUAAUUGGUGGUAUUUGUUUCCGACCCUUUGAUCCUCAAGAGUUUGCAGAGAUUGUAUUUUGUGCUAUUGCUUCAACAGAGCAAGUUAAAGGUUAUGGAUCAUUUUUAAUGAAUCAUUUAAAGGAUUAUGUCUCAAGUCAUACGAAUAUAAAACAUUAUUUGACUUAUGCAGAUAAUUAUGCUACUGGAUAUUUUAAAAAACAAGGCUUUACAACCGAGAUAACAUUAGACAAAAGGAAAUGGGUCGGCUAUAUCAAGGAUUACGAAGGAGGAACCAUUAUGCAGUGUACAACGGUUCCUAAAGUGAAAUAUCUUCAAAUACAUGAAAUACUAGCAAUUCAAAAAAGGGCAGUAUAUGAGAAAAUGAAAGAAUUUUCUACGUCUUAUAUUGUUUAUCCAGGUAUACAAAUGCCUAUUAAUGAAGAGGGCAAGAGAUCUAUAGAUCCAUAUGAAGUUCCAGGCGUAAAAGAAUCUGGCUGGACUCCUGAGAUGGAUGCCUUAUCAAACCGACCUCGUCAUCCUCCUCAUUAUAAUCAAAUGCGUCAUUUAGUCAGUGAAUUAAGGGCACAUCCUCAUUCAUGGCCUUUUCAUGAACCUGUUAAUGCAGAUGAAGUUGCAGAUUAUUAUGAUGUUAUUGCAGAACCUAUGGAUUUGAGUACAUUAGAAGAAAAUGUGGAAUCAGAUGCUUAUCAAACAAUGGAUGAAUUUAUUCGAGAUGUUCAAAAGAUAUUCGAUAAUUGUAGAUUCUAUAAUGCGGAAGGAACAAAUUAUGCACGAUGUGCCAAUAGACUAGAGAAAUACUUUAAAGAACGACUUCGUGUAUGGACAAAUAAUGGCGAUGAUGCAACAAUUCAAUGA